AUGUCCGUUCCUGUCAUUGCUGUGAUCGGCACUGUUUCUUCUAUCCUUGAGGACCUUUUUAUUCCUUCACUGUUAAAUCGUGCCUCCCUCCCCGCCAUACUAGACAAAAACGACUCUUUCUCAUAUGUAUUUCAACUACCAUCUUAUCUUCCAGUGAAAGACGCGCAAACGCCCACAUUCAUUCUUUUUUUUCUUUCUUUCUUUUUUCUUUCUUUCUUUUUUCUUAUUCACCCACCUCUAUUUUAUUAUUCUUUUUCGUUUUUUCUUCAUUUUUUUCUUCGCUUUCCUACUUUUCUUCUCCUUUAUUCCUUUCCUUCAUUUUUUUUUCAUUUUCGUUUACUUAUACGUUUUUUUCUACAUCUUUGCUUUCUUCUUUGUUUUCUUUUUCUGAUCCUUCUUCAUUGCUUUAUUCCUUUAUCUAUUUCUUCUUCUUCUUCUUCUUCUUCUUCUUCUUCUUCUUCUUCUAUCGCUUACUCCUUCUUCAAUGAUUUGCAACCUCCUUCACGCCCUCUUCUUUCUUUCAUUCUUUCAAUGGGCUGCCGCUAUCCCACACUUUUUCCCUUUUUUCGUCACUGCCGUCCUUUACCCCAGCUCUUUCUUUUUUUAAAUAAAUUUCAUAAAUACUUCCUCUUCACCCGUAUUUUCUUAACUCCUUACUCUCUUGUAUCUCCUUUGUUUUCCUUCUUUUCUUUGUUCUUUUCAAAAGUCAAGUCUUCACACGUCACUUCCUCUUCCUCUAUUCCUCUUCUUCUAUUCCUCCUCUUCUUUCCUCUUCUUCAUCUUCUCUUCCUCUUCCUCUUCUUCCCUUCCUUAUUUUCUUUCAUCUUCUCUUCCUCUUCUUCGCGCCUGAUUGGAUUAUCACUAAACCCACUCUUUCGUCUGUCAUUCCGCCUCCUUUGGAUUAAACGAUUAUCCCUUCCUUUCUUUUUUUUUCUUUAUCUUCCACCCACACCAACAUUCUUGCCUCGUUUUCAUUCAUGUCUUCUUUUUUUUCUUCUUUCGUCUCAUCAUCCCCCAACUUCUUCGUUUCGACUGAUCCUUCUACUUCGCCUCUUCAUUAAAACAUUACUCACCAACUUCCAGACCCCGCCUCGCUUCGUCCUCUCUCUCUCUCUCUCUCUCUCUCUCUCUCUAUCUUUGAAAUAG